AUGAAGGCUGAGACAAACAAAGUGAUCGUGGAGAGCUUGGAGGAGAAGAUUGGUGGUGCACAUGGUAUGGAGGGAGUGAGCGGUGGAGUUGAUCAUGGAAUAAUACUGUUGCCACUGAUCUCUGUUAGGAAUAUCACGAAUGGGAGAGUGGAGGAGGGGAAAUGGAAGGAGGAUGACAAAAUGAACUGUUACAAUGGGUCAAGCUGUUGGAAGGAAUUGUUUUGUUUUUUCCAUGUUGGUGGGUAUUUUGAAAGAAACAGUGAAGGUGAAGUUAAAUACGGGGGAGGGAGUGUGAGAGCAAGCAGCAUAAAAGAAGGGAUAACACUGGAGGAAUUAAGAGGAACAAUAUCACAGUUGGUACACAAUGAUGCUAAAGGGUGCGAAAUUAAGUACACGGUUAAGUUUGCUGAGGGCACACUGGUUGAUCUUUAUGAUGAAGGUGAUAUUUGCAAUAUGUUUAGAUAUAACGAUAGCAGUGCUCAUUUGUAUGUAGCAGCGAAAGGGAACCAGAAGGAAGGUGGAGCAGUGAAUGAUGGAGAAAUGGGUGAGAAUUUGUUUGGGCUGUCGGGAGAAAUGACUGAAGGUGUGGUGAACCUUGGUGAUAACUAUGAACCACUCAUUGUUGACUAUGGUGCUGAAUGCCUAACGUAUGAAGGAGGGGGUUUAAGUCAGACAAACUUCAGUGACGGUUCAGGGAGUGAAGGGACAUUGAGGGGUAAUUUGAAUUGCAUGAAAUGGGUUGGAGUUUUUGCAGGGGUGGGGCAAUAUAUUCCACAUGCCCAAGCUUUUAGGGAGGCUGUGUACAGGUUUAGUAUUGCACAGAAGUUUGCAACGACAUAUGUGAGAAACAGUAGGGAGAAGAUGAAUGUGAGGUGUAAAGUGGAAGGGUGUCCAUGGAAGAUUUGUGCAAAUGCUGUUGGGAGGGAUACUCUUUUAUUACGCGUGACCACAUUCGUUAAUGAACACAUUCAUUCAGCGCAAGAUAACCUAGAUGUCACUUUUGCUGGCAAUGCUGCGUUGACGUCAUCAAUAAUACUUGAGGAGAUAAGGAACCACACCGAAAAGCGUCCUACUGAAAUAAGGAAGACACUGGAAAGGGAAUAUGGUGUGAGGCUAACAUAUGCUCAAGCUUACAGAGCAAAGGAAAAGGCCAUGGAACACAUACAUGGGAAACCGGAAGAAUCCUAUAUGUUCAUACCAUGGAUAUGCCAAAGAUUAAAGGAAACUGAUGAUAAAACAGUUGCUGAAUGGGCUUCCAUUGGUAAUACAUUUGAGCGGGUUUUCAUUGCAUAUGGUUCGUGUAUUGAGGGUUUUUUGAGUGGUGCAAGGGCUAUAUUAUAUGUUGAUGGAACUCAUUUAAGUGGUCCAUAUAAGGGGACACUACUCUCAGCGUCGGGAUAUGAUGCAGAUAAUGACUUGUUGCCUUUUGCAAUAGCAGUGGUGAAAUCAGAGAACCUUGAUGACUGGACUUGGUUUCUGUUCAAAAUUAAAGAAAUUGUUGGUUCGGUGCAGGUGACAAUUGUGUCAGACCGACACAAUGCCAUAAUAGGAGCUGUCCAAGCAAUAUUUGGAGGUGAAAGACAUGCGUAUUGUUAUAGGCAUGUGAAGGAAAACUUCAGCGCUGAACAAGUAAAAGUAAACAGAGGUAAAAGGACAAGCCAAUGGUCAAAAGAAGAUGCAUUAAAGGUUCUUGAUAGAGUUGCUUAUGCAAGGGUUGAUAGUGACUUUGAUAAUGCAAUGGCAGAGCUGAGAACUAUGUCUCCUGAGUUACAUGAUUGGGUUAUCAAUCAAGGUGAUGUGAAUAGGUGGGCAAUGAGCAAGUUUCCAUUUAAAAGAUGGGACAAUAUAACAACCAAUAUAGCUGAGUCUUUCAAUUCUUGGAUGGUGAAGGAGAGAAAGCAUAAUGUGGCGCAAAUGAUCCAUGAGCAUCGGGAGAAAGUAGCAAGGAAGAUGCAUGCAUCAUAUAUGUGUAUGAGUAAGUGGAGGAAUUGUGUUGGGCCAAAAACCGAGGCAAAGGUUCUGGAGAAUGUGUAUUUCAGUAGGUAUAUGAGUGUGACAAUUAUGGAGGCGGAAGACUCACAGGAGAAAAUAUAUGGCAGGAGCAUGGUUCCAGUGGUAACAAUCGAUAUGCCUAACCCAAAUGACUAUAGGUUUGAGAAUCUUGUUGAACAAACCUUGCUUUUACCACCAAAUACAAGUAGGCCUCCUGGAAGACCAAGGACUAAACGGCAGGAAUCACAAUUCCAGAACAAAAAAACUGCUUACUUGUUAUAUCAGCAAAUAGAGGUUGCUGUCAAACCACAUACUGCUUACUUGUUAUAUCAGCAAAUAGAGGUUGCUGUCAAACCACCUGUGCUUUGUGGUUAUUUGGCAUACUGA